AUGUCGAAUUCAGUCCGCGCCAUCACACCCCCCCCCGCUGCGGAGAGGCGCCGGUCCGAGUCGAAACGCGUGCUCGGAAGCGACUCGACCAGAAGAACCAGCAGGAGGGUGACGGCUAAUGACGUACUGCCGGUGCCCGCUCUACAUGCAGAAGCCGUCGAUCGCGCCCUGCUACGAGAAUUUCAACCGCCACACCGUGACAGCACGCCGGCUGCAAGUCCGCACAGAAAGCGACAGAGAAUAAACGGCGACAGAUUUAUUCCUACACGGUCUGGUCAAGAUCUUCAAGCUAGCUUUAGUUUGCUGCAUGAAGAUGGGUCUCCCACGACUCCCUCAAGGCAGAAGAAGCGAACUCCUCAUGGAGAACUGCAUUUUCAAAAAACCGAAGAAGCAAACCGGACCUUCUCGACUCUCCUUCGGGCCGAGCUAUUUGAAAACUCUGUUCCUCAAUCAUCGAAUGCUUCGAAUCUGUUACCAGACAGCACCGUCAGAAACAUGUCGAUGGCACGGGCUCAUGAUGUAACCAGAGCUCAAACCCCGCCGAAUAGCAAACCCGCCACCUCUCUGCCCUCUUCUUCCUUGACGCCAUCCACACCGCACAAAAAUCUCUUUUCAUACAUGUCUCCACGACGCCAUACUGAUGUGGCCGGGCAUCUCACUCCCUCAAAAACACCCCAGAGCCGGCACGGGCCAAACUUGGAUACCACAGCAGAAAUCUAUAGCCUAUCGCCCGUGAGGUUCGGAAGCCAGCAGAUGCUCCUCAGCCCUCGGCGGCAACCGCGGGCUGUUAGCAAAGUACCGUACAAAGUUCUGGAUGCUCCAGAACUGGCCGAUGACUUUUAUCUGAACUUGGUGGACUGGGGUAGCGCCAACGUCCUCGGAGUCGGACUUGGAUCAAGCGUGUACAUGUGGAAUGCUCAGACUAGCAAGGUGAGCAAGUUGUGUACGCUGGAAGACGAUACUGUGACAAGCGUUUCUUGGAUACAAAAAGGCACGCAUCUCGCGAUCGGCACAGGUAAAGGCUUGGUACAAAUCUGGGAUGCGGAAAAGACGAGGAGGUUGCGAACAAUGACUGGGCAUACAGCUCGAGUUGGAUCGUUGGCCUGGAAUACCCACAUCCUCACCUCGGGCUCUCGAGACAGACUCAUAUAUCACAGGGACGUUCGGGCUCCAGACCAAUGGCUCAGAAAGCUGGUGGGACACAAGCAAGAGGUUUGCGGACUGAAAUGGAACUGCGAGGACGGUCAACUUGCAAGUGGAGGGAACGACAACAAGUUGAUGGUUUGGGACAAGCUGUCGGAAUCGCCGUUGUGGAAAUUCUCUGAUCACACUGCAGCUGUCAAGGCAAUCUCUUGGUCUCCCCAUCAACGUGGGCUACUAGCCUCGGGCGGAGGAACGGCCGACAGACGCAUCAUCUUUCACGACACGGUCAAGGGAAGCGUCAUCAACGAAAUUGACACGGGUAGUCAGGUCUGCAACCUUGCGUGGUCCAAGAACUCGAACGAGAUCGUCUCGACGCACGGAUACAGUCAGAAUCAGAUCGUGGUCUGGAAAUAUCCGUCCAUGACGCAGGUCGCGAGUCUGACUGGGCAUACAUAUCGUGUUCUCUAUCUGGCAAUGAGCCCGGACGGUCGUGUAGUUGUCACUGGUGCUGGCGACGAGACGCUACGAUUCUGGUCCAUCUUCGGUCGCCGCUCUGGAAGUCGUGAGGAAGGGGAAGGCGCGAGAGGCACAUUGGCUAACUGGGGUAUCAUACGAUGA